AUGUGGAAAAGAUUACAAUUAAAAUAUGAUUUUAUUAAUGGUUCUAUUUGUAAUAAUUCUAUAAAUGGAUAUAAUUCAAGUGAUGAUGAUGAAGAUGAUGAAUUUUCAAUUUUAGAUGCAAAUUCAUCAAAGAAAUGUCAAUCAAAGAAAUCUGACAAGUCAUCUAAUCAACAAAUUCAGAAUUCUAUUGAAGAAUUGAGAAUUCAUUUUAUUUGUAAUGAAAAAAAACAAGAACGUUAUUUAAAAAGUUUAUUAAAAUAUUGUAAAGAACCACAAGAUAAUAAUUAUAGAUUAUCUAAAAAAUAUUCAAAUUAUUUUGAUAGACGUGUUGCUAGAAUUAAAGAAAAGAAUUUUAAUUCUAAUAAUAAUUCUAAUAAUACUUCCAAUAAUAGUAAUAAUAAUAAUAAUUCUAAUAAUGGAAAUAAUGAAUAUGAAAUUCAAUGUCUUGUUGGAAGUUCAGAAAGACCAAAUUGUUCAUGUAAAUUUAUUUUAAUUGAUUUAUCAUGUGAUCAAUUAAAUAAUUUAAAUAAUUUAAAUGAAAAAGAAUUAAUUAAUAAUUAUUUAAAAAAUGAUUUAGAUUGUGGUGAAACUAUUAAAGAAUAUUUAAAUACUAUAAAUGGAAGUAAUGAAAAUAAUUUAUCAAUUGUUAUUGUUGGAUUAAGUUAUGAAAGAAAGAAUAAAAUUAAUCCAAAUAUGAUAAAAUUAUGUAAAGCAUUAUCAAAUGAAUAUUCACUUCCAUAUAUAGAAAUUGAUAUUGGAAAAAGAAAUCAAAGAAGAAAUUUACUUUAUUUUUAUUCUGUUUAUUGUCAUUCAAAGAAAAUGACAAGUCAUCAAUUAACUUUUUUAAAAACUAAUAAUACAAAUGAUGAAUGGCUAUUAUAA